UAUUAAUCAUGGAACAGGAGGCGGCAAUACAGCUGCGGACACAGAUAUUAUCCAAAAGGGAUGCAAGUGUCAGCAGUGUAAAACUCUCUGAGUUAAUAAAAUGGGCCAAGGAGGAAGGCCAUUUUUUGGACCCCACUUCCUUAUUUAGUGUAACCGAAUGGAAGGAAGUCGGGGACUCCCUAUGGGAGGCCACCAUAGGUGGUAGUAAAACAGCUAAGGAGCUGGGUGCCACCUGGAAGGAGGUCGUGAACCAUUUAYGGCAGAUGAUAGCAGAAAAGAAGAUGGCCUUGGCAGCUACGGAAAUGCUGGGAUUGGAAGAUUCGGGUGAAGGGACUCGUGUUUUCUCGGACACUCCAGGCCCGACACAGAAAAGGAUCACCUCAAAAAUGAGAAAGACUGUCACUGAGAUUGCUAAGGAAGCCGUGUUUGAGUGGUGCCAAGAACUGGGUGCCACACUUAGGGCGACCGAGCAAGAUCAGAGGGGGAGAAGCGAAAUGGAGAAGGCAUGUCAGCUUGCCAGGACUGGACAGGAUAAACAGCCCAGUGGAGGGUUGUUUCUACUGCCGUACCAACCAUUGCCUGGCUUAUAUCCUCUGUUGCCUACCACGGAUGAUGAGGAGCAGGGAGAAAAGGAAGAAAUUCAGGAGCGUAAUUUGUUAAGUCUUUUAAAAUGUAUAGAAAACUGUAAUGGGUUAAGUGAAACAACGAUUUACGAUUCAUCUGUGUGGGAUGYAUUAGGGGUAGUUAUCUGGGAUAAAGGAACGCAAGGUGAUUUAAAUGCUGCCUCAAUGAUGUGCCCAUGAAGAAUGUGUUAUGAAGUAUUAAGAAAGUACGUAGGAACUUCAGAUGUUGUGGUGCCAGCAACUGUCCCCCCUCCCACCACGGGACAAGGUUCUGUCRUCAUUCCGAUAGGGGAGGAUGCCUUGCCAGGGGCUCCCCCAGGGGCACAUUUUGCGGUAUAUGGGUGCGAGUAUGCGCUUACUGCCCUACCUGAUCCAGAUCAAGGUAUGGAUCAAAGUGCGGAAUGUGCUGUGGCUUGUGUGGAUCUGCCUGACAAUCCCCCAGAUCCAGAACAUGUGGACCCUGAACAAGAGCCACAGCUGUUUCCACCCGAUCCACACGACUGGUGCACUGAGCGUAAGUUGCAGGCCUGAUCAACCGACAAGAACGAGGCUGCUUGAAGGAUGUAGCUGAUCCUUGGCGUUACGCUUUUCUCAACAAACCUUUAUAUUCCUUGAAGCAUGAUCAUGCUCCUUACUUUAUAAGACAUAUCAAGUCUCCUACAGUGUUGCCUGGUCCUCUGAUGGAAGGAAAUCAGCAUGCGGACAGCCUCACCGAGGUGGCCACCCUUCCAGACGUAUUACAGCAGGCAUSGUUGUCUCACGCCUUCCUUCACCAGAGUGCUUACACUUUGCACCAGAUACUAUUUUAUAUUACAUAUUUGCAGUCAUACGCGUGAUGCCUGAUGCCACUUUCUAGCUGCCUUUGCAAUGCUAGAGGAGCAGACCUGUAAGCUAGCUYGGAGGUCAAACACGAAGCAAGGGAGAGGAAGGUAAUAAAGGUAGGACUCUUGUAACGAGACCAGAGACCCUCACUGGUGGCCAUGUAUGCGCACACCAGGGAAAGUUGCAUAAUGAUAAAGGUGGAGCUUUGCCUGCCCUCUGGUUGCCUCCUGACACGUAUGGGCCCUACGUGACAGGACAUGCCAGAUAUAAAACAACUGUGGAUCUGAGAUGGGGAGAGACUCCAACUGAGACCUACGUUGUCGCCCACAAGCUUGGAGCCUGUCAGCCACCUCUCGUCCAUGGGGGGAAUGAUCGGUCUCRCUAUCCUGCUGGCAAAGAAUUCCACAAAGAUCUGUCAGGGAACCUUGCUGCCUCAGCAAGCUAACUAUGCUUAUGUCAUCAAUGAGAGAUCUGCUAAAUAUGAUGGUGUGCAACUGUACCCAAUCAAGGGCUAAGAGAAGGAUACCAGACAAUACCUGUAACGAUUAAUUGGCCUUCUGGAAUGUGUGAACCAGAGCUUUAGCUUCAUUGCCUGCACCCAGAGUAGCAGCCAAAAAAGCACUAAGGGAUGUGAUCAAGCUUGCUUGCUGGAUAGAUAAACAAUUAAAUUUAACCUCUGCUACUAUAACUCAGAUGCUUACAGAUGUAGAUAGUAUAAGGCAUGCUACGCUACAGAAUCACAUUGCUAUUGAGUUUUGCUUUUAGGGCAAGAGAAUGGGUGUGAAGAUUUUGAGGGAAUAUGUUGUGUGAACUUGUUUGAUCAUUUUGAACCAAUCCCAAAAGAAAAUUACAAAGGCUGAGGAAUAACAUGAGGAAACUAACGACUAUGGAAUUGGGAAUUGAUAAAUGGCUAAAAGGCUUGGGCAUAACAGGGUGAUUUUUAGAUUUGUUCACACAAGAGCUAAUGAUUCUGAUCACUCUUGUAACUAUGAUUAUAAUGAUGUCUUGUGGGUUAAGAAUUGUGUUAAAAAGGAUUGAGGGUGCUCUGAGGAGGGUAUGACUGGUUCAAGAAGAAAAAGGGGGAAUUGUAGGAAUGUACUUAGAGGAAACUCUGAGUGGGUACACUGAACCAGCCAUACRAGAAGGUUAACAGAGCCCAUACCUUGUUUAACAGCACGUUUAGAAAAGGCAUGUUUAACAAAGCACAUAGCUCUGUCUCUAAGGUGGCCUUGA